AUGGAUCAACCGGCAGCUAAUAAUCAAGAGAACGUAACAAACGAACAAGGACCUCUCAUGGAUCUCGAAGAAGAUGAAGAGAUCGACGUAUUCCAUAAUGUCGGCCAGGGACUUGCUGGCAGAUACAGAGAAAUUAUGAUACAGUAUUGGCAGGAACUUAUUAAUGAGAUAGAAUCCACGAAUGAGCCAGGUUCACAAUUCCAAGACGACUUCAAAUCGCAUUCGUUACCACUAGCAAGGAUUAAGAAAGUGAUGAAAACUGACGAAGAAGUUAGAAUGAUUAGUGGAGAGGCUCCAAUUCUAUUUGCAAAAGCCUGCGAAAUCUUCAUCACAGAACUCACAAUGAGAGCAUGGUGUGUUGCAGAGGAAAAUAAGCGACGUACGUUGCAGAAGCAAGACAUUGCGGAUGCAUUACAAAAGUCCGAUAUGUUCGAUUUCCUGAUUGACAUAGUACCCAGAAACGUUCAAUGA